AGAACCUACAACAGUAGAUUCUGCAACCUAAAUGGCAACGAACAACCUCAAAAAACACAACAAAUAAAUAACCAGGAAGAAAAGGCAAAAUGAAAAAGAAAAUAAAAAAUGCCCACCAUUCCUCUGACUAGAACACCACCACAAACUCCACUCUGCAUCAGCCUAUCCGCCGCCGCCUCCUCCCUACCAAAUUUCCAAUUCUCACUCUUUAAUUUCAAGCCCAAGAAAUUCCACUUCUUCAAACCACUAUCUUCAUUAAGAGAAACCAAGAAACAGAAGACUCCCAGUAAUGCACCCCAGAGCCUGAGGACGCUAUUGAAUUUCAACCCAAAAGGGGGAAAUGAUGAAGGGACGGAUGGUGAAACCGGCGGUGGUGGUGAUGAAGGGAGCGAUACUGCAGUUAAAGGAACCAUCUUAGCUGGUCUUUUGCUUGUGGGUGCGGUUGGAGGAUUUGGUUCUUUGGGUUACAUUUAUAAGGAUCAAAUCAGUGCUUUCUUGACCCAGUUUUCAGUGUUCAUUGAAGGUUACGGGCCCGCUGGAUAUGCUCUUUUUGUAGCAGUCUAUGCUGGAUUAGAAAUACUUGCAAUUCCAGCCAUCCCAUUGACCAUGUCAGCUGGUCUUCUGUUUGGCUCAGUUACUGGAACUAUCCUUGUGUCUAUCAGUGGGACUGUGGCAGCCAGUGUUGCAUUUCUAAUUGCUAGAUAUUUUGCUCGUGAGCGUAUUCUUAAGCUGGUUGAGGGUAACAAGAAAUUCCUUGCAAUAGACAAAGCUAUUGGGGAAAAUGGUUUCAGAGUUGUUACUCUUCUCCGUUUGAGUCCGUUACUUCCAUUUUCUCUUGGAAAUUAUUUAUAUGGGCUUACAUCUGUCAAAUUCGUACCAUAUGUGUUGGGAAGUUGGUUAGGUAUGCUUCCGGGAAGUUGGGCAUAUGUGAGUGCUGGUGCAUUUGGCAGAGCAAUUAUUCAAGAAGAAUCCGAUAUCAGGUUACUCGGAGGAAAUAAUCAGUUAUUGACCCUCGGAAUCGGACUACUCGUAACUGCUGUGGCCGCAACUUAUGUGACACGCCUAGCUAAGGAUGCUAUGAAAGAUAUCGAGUAGACAGUGAGAAUAUAGCUUCAAGUGUAAAAUUGAUCGAUACAUUCAAAUUUACUUAAUUGAUGGAGAAAAUUUUGUGUAAUUUUCCAACUAUAUUAAUUACAUUUUCUUAAUUUGUGUUUAAUUGAACAAGAUUUUAUCUUUAUGGGAUGGAAAGAGUAGUUUAUUUUC